ACGUAAAAUUCAAAUCAACAACCGAAUUUAAUUUGUAACAAUUUAAAAAGCGCCUCCUACACGGGCGUUGACCCAACUUGACGUUCAAGUGCAGAAGACAGCCUCGCAGCCUAGCUUGGUUUGAGGUGAAUAUAUAUUUAUAUAUUGCCGGAGCUGUAAAUUUUGCUUUAUAACCUUUGACAGUCGUGUGCAGUCGAAAAAAAUAUCUAAAUUUUGGAAUAAUGACGACUGAAGAACCCAAGCCACAACGAGAGCUCAGACUUGGAGCAGAUCCUAAUGUCAAUUAUCCUAUCAAGGUUCAAUACUGUGGAAAUUGCUCGCUUCCAAUCGAGUAUUGUGAAUACUAUCCAGAUUAUCAGAAAUGUAAAGAGUGGUUAGAAAAGUUUUUGCCGUCAGAAUUUGACAAGGUCAAAUUAGACGAAGCCAACUCUGAAGCAGGGGGAGACGACGAGAAAAAAAGGCAAAAGAGAGGUGGUAAAGGUAUGCUAAAAACUAAGAAGAAGGAAGAAGUACAAAAAUUAAUCACAGUAUCAAGAGCUCCUAGAGGAAAGAAGAAAUCUGUGACAGUUGUCACAGGCCUCAGUACAUUUGAUAUUGAUUUGAAAGUGGCAGCAAAAUUUUUUGGUAGCCGAUUUGCUUGUGGAUCAAGUGUAACCGGAGAAGAUGAAAUUGUCAUCCAAGGCGAUGUCAAAGAUGAUUUGUUUGAUGUUAUUCCAGAGAAGUGGCCUCAGAUCGAUGAAGACCUGAUUGAUGAUUUGGGAGAUCAGAAAAGAUAAUAAGUUUGAUAAUAAUAUCACGCACACAAAUUUUGUAACAGAUCAUUCUUAAAAUUAUUUAUUUUAAAACAAUGUACAUAAAAAUAAAUUUUACAUCAACUUUUCUUUUAAU